AUGCCCUCGACCCACAGCGCCCGAACCCUACCUGCCCUUGACCGCGCGGACACGCCCGCGACCAGCUCCCCGUCUCGAACAUUCCGAGCCGUGCCACCUGCCCGUGCUGCGGAUGCUCGCCACAUCGCACCGGAACGACCAUCAGAUGGCACGUACGCCGGCACCGUCACCUGCCUUCGCCUCGCCAUGGCGCGGAGCCGCGGACGCCGCGGCCACGACCCGGCAUCCGAAGCCACCGUUGAUUCAUAUUUUGAAAAUGCCAUCCUAAACACAGUUGCAGGUAUUUCAUCUACCUCAAGACAGCGGCAAAGUGGCUCAAGUACAACAGGCAUUACCAGAAGGCGAUUCCUCAGAUCAGCAAUAGGGCAACCAUCGAAGGUAAAGGAACUUGACGAAGCACAAUUGCAAGGUGAGAAUGAACCACCUUGUUUCUUUGAUUUGAAAGAAAUAAAUCCAGUUUUGUGCAGUGUCUGCCCAAGGGAAGGGUUUGGGAAUUGGGAUGCUGGAAUAGGCAAGCAGCUGAAAAGCCAAAAAUUGACGAUGUUCCUCAGGCGAAGCAAAAGGAUUUCAGCAAAAGUUCAUGGAUUCAAUGACAGUGGAAGCAAAGCUGCAGGUACAGAGCCAGAGCCACUCGCAAUCGUGCCAGUUUCAAGCUCCAUCCCAGAUGAAGAAUUCAGUCCUGGAGUUGCGGAUGACAAUGUGCAAACCUAA